AUGGCCAAGAAAGGGAAGGCUAAAAGUGGUCCUGUGAAAGCGGAAACCGCAACUGAAGCAACGCCAACAGUUCAGUCCCCAACCGUUGAAUCUGUAGCAAAGCCCGAAGAAGAAGAUCUUACAAAAGUUGCAGACAAACCAGUCGAAACUCCUAAGACACCUGCUCCUGCUCCAGCGAAGGAAGCUAAAAAGCAAACCGAAGCAGAUAAGAAGCCAGCCUCUCCUAAACAGAAGCAGAAACAAGCCCCGAUCAAACCUAAGGAGGAACCCAAGCCUAAAGAUGUCCCAACCAAAGAAGUUCAGCCAGUGAAGGCUCCUGCAGCAACUCAACAGAACGGAACCGCCGGAGAAACUACUACCGCUGCGGAAGGAACUGCCAGUGAGGCUGAAGGCACUGGAAUCCAGAGGAAGAGGCGCCAUCGUAGACACCGCAAGAAGAAGCCCGUCGUCGAAGGUGCUGAAGGCGAGGUACCCCCUGCAGAACAAAAACCCAAGAAGGAGCACAAAAAGAAGCGUGCGAAACGUCUGCGAGCCUUGGCCUUGGCCGAAUCGUCUGCCACCGCACAGAUUGCCGCCGUUGAAGGUGCCAUUGCCGGAGAUGCCCCAAAAGCUAACAACAAUGUUGAAGUUCUACAGAAGAAAAUCGAAAUUGCCGAAAAGGUGCUCCAGCAAGUGCAACAACAAACUCAAGAGGAACAAAAGAAAAUCGAUAGCCUGAAACCGGAUUCCCCGAAGCAGCAAAAUAAGAACAAGCAAACCCGAAACAGGAAGGAUUCCGACUCGCAAAAGCUAGCCCAAGCCGAAGUGAAGAAAGCGACUGAAGAAAGAGACAGAAUAAAGAAUGAAGCCCGGAAGCUCGUGGAAGAGAAGGUUAAGAAGCAGCAAGAGCUGCAGAAAUUGCAGGAUGAAAAAGUACAGAAAGAGCAAGAAGCGAAACGACUGCUAGAAGAAAAGGAUCGCAAAGUUGCAGAAGCAGCAAAGCUGCUGGAACAACAGGUGCCAACAACGCACACGUAA